AUUAAAUCGGGCGUAUAUAUUAUCGUCCCCCACGAUCAUUAUCGUUUCUGGCUCAUCGAGCAUAUCUACAUUCGUUUCGUUCCGUUUCGUUCGUUUAUUGUUUUCGGAACAGUCUACAGACGUACUGCGACAAUGAUGGCAAGGAUCCACUUGCUGUCAACGCUGGUGACGGUGCUUGGCCUUCUGGUCAGCUUCUCAUCAGCAGCGACAAAGAUUCGUCCUGGUGCAGACCCAACAAUUAUGAAGGUUGGUGAUAUGUACUACUCUGCAGAGGCAGCGGGAACCGGCAUCUUCGUGCGCCGCGCCUCGUCCCUCAUUGGCCUUGGUGAGGACGGUGUCGAUAGGAAGCAAGUUUGGACGGACUCGAAUAAGGUGGGCGCAGUAUGGGCGCCUCAAAUUAGCCGCGAUGGUGGACGGACAUACAUCUAUUUCACCAUGGGCCAGUCUGCUGCUCAUCGUAUGUAUGUCAUCGAGGCCAGCGAGCCUUUCGGAUUGUACAGCCAGGAGAAAAAGCUCAACUUGCCGGACGACCAAUGGGCCAUUGAUGGCGCUCACUUCAAGUACGAAGGUCAGCACUACUUCGUCUGGUCUGGAUGGAAAGACUCCACCAACUCCCAACAAAAUCUCUACAUCUGCAAGAUGACCAGCCCUACCCAGCCCACAGGCGCCCGGUAUCUGAUUUCGCAACCCGCCGAGCCCAGCUGGGAGCAAGCCGAUGGGUCCAGGAUCAACGAAGGUCCCGAGCCCAUCCUCGAUCCUGAGGGCAGGCUCCACAUCGCGUAUUCCGCGAACGGCAGCUGGGGCACUAAGUACUGCAUUGCCGAUCUGAGGCUCAAGAAGGGUGGCAACCCGCUUCAACUGUGGGACUGGUUCAAGUCUAAUGGGUGUCUGUUUGGCUCGUAUGCGGAGCGCAUGAUGAGCGGCUGGACGCCGACUGUACAGAUCGAUGGUCCGGGUCAUAACACCUGGGUCAUGCCUAACGGCGAGAUCUCGUCGAGUCCCAAGGGCACAAACAGAAUUCCCUUCGUCUUCCAUGGUGUUCCAAAGGGUACGGAGUACAAGUGGGCGAACAGGAAGUGGUUCACGGGCAGCUUUGUCUGGUGGGCUGGCACUAACUAUCAUCGUGGAGGAGAACAUGCGGCCGAUGACAAGGGGUACAGCUUUAAAUUCUUCGAGUAAAUAGUUUAUUUGAUGAUCUAUUGUAAUUCAAGCGUGAUUAGCCGUAAUGUCGCCAUCUAUUUGAUCUUAU